CUCAACCUUCAGAUCAGUACAUCCCACUAUGCUUUGCGAUGGUCUGACAAGUGGAUCCAAGAUGGCGUAGAAAGUAAAGCUAGAAGUUUUGUCCCUAAGUCAUGGCGGACAGGAGAGCGGAGAAGUCAUGUGAAGAAGCCAGUAGAUCGUUAACCAGGCGGGAGUACGAGGCGGCAGUCAGCCACAGUACUGACGCCUUGGUAGUCCUUGCGCCCCAAGCCCAAUCAUCCGGUGCCCCUGUCUCGCCAAGCCCUACAUCCCUUGUCGCUGCCGCCGCUGGACCCCUACGCAGCCGCGUGCUGCUCUACAGAAUUGCUGCCUUCCUGCAGCUGAAAAACUAUGAUGAAGCAGAUGAAGACUGCAAACAUGUCAUGGCAGAGGAGAUGUCCAGGGGGGACGGGUCGCUACAGUCCAGCCUACGCUCCAUGCUGUUGGAUGGCAGCCUGCAGGAGGUGGUCAGCAUCCUCUCCAAAGCCUUGUAUGGAGAGCAAAUGAAUGGCAUCGUCACAAAAGACAUGAGCAGAUUAAAAAUGCUUUUCUCAGAAAUCGAGGCUAUAAACAGGGAGAUGGCACCAGAAUACACAGAUGACCAGGAGGAAGAGGUCCAAGAUGGAUGGCAGUUCCGGCCUCCGCCCCGAGGAGUCACCAGCAGUGAGGAGUACACCCUCUGUAAAAGGUUCCUGGAGCAGGGCCUGUGUCGGUAUGGGGCUCAGUGUACGUCGGCGCACUCGCAGGAGGAGCUGAUGGAGUGGCAGAAGCGCUACGCGUCGCGCCUCAUCCGCCUAAAGCAGCAGCAGGAGAGCAAACACUUCACCGAGAACUACAUGGAGACGCUGAUCGAGAAGUGGAUGAACUCCCUCUCCCCAGAGAAAGUGCUAAGUGACUAUUUAGAAGGUGUGAAUGUAGAAACCAGCUCCGGCCUCUCUGUGACCGUCACCACUAAAAAGUCCUCCCACUCCUGGACCUUCUCCUUACUGUGCAAGCCGGCCAGGAAGCUGUACAGAAUCGCCCUGCUCUACGAUGCCCAUCGACCACACUUCUUCAUCACAGGUGUGUCAGCAGGAGAGCGGCUGCAAGCCCUCCCCGCUGGCUGCCAAGAGUGGACUCCAGGAGAGGAGACAGCAGUGGCAGCAGACAAUGGCCUGGACCACUGUGUCUACAAGGUGUCAGUGGGCUUCAGCACAGAGAUCUUUGGUACCUUCAGACAGACCGCUGUGUUUGACUUUGGCUCCGAACCUGUGCUGAUGCAGCGGAUCAUGGUGGAUGCAGCCUCCAUUGAAGACCUAGAGCACCUGAUGGCGGCCAGGCAGCAGCUCUUGAUAACGGCAAAGCGCUGGGACUCGUCCUGUAAGACCAUCGUAGAGUUUGUCCCCAAUGAAACGAUGGCUGACCUGGAGCGCAGCCUCCUCUCCCGCUAUCAGAUCCCUCUGUCGGCCGACCAGCUCUUCACCCAGUCGGUCCUGGACAAGACUCUUACCAAAGACAAUUACCAGGCCCGACUGCACGACCUGCUCUACAUAGAAGAGAUCGCACAGUAUAAGGAAGUCAGCAAGUUUAACAUCAAAGUGGCUCUGCAGCUCGUCACCAGUUUUAUGCUGACCGGCAUCUCUGUUGGAGCCAAGUACGCUCAGAACGGGCAGCUCUUUGCACGCUUCAAACUCACUGAAACACUUUCUGAGGACACAUUGGCAGGGCGGCUUGUGAUGACCAAGGUCAACUCUGUUUUGGUGCUGCCGUUGGGCCGUGAGGGUUUCUGCAGUCAGCCGCCUCCCGGGGUCAAAGAGCGGGUUUAUGAGGCUGUGAUCGAGGAGAAGACCAAGGACUACAUCUUCCUGAGGAUCUGCAAGGAAUGCUGCGAGGAGCUGGGGCUAAUUCCUGACAGAGAAAUACAGGUGGAGCUCCAGUUCCAGCUGAACAGACUGCCGCUCUGUGAGAUGCACUACGCCCUGGACCGCAUCAAAGAAAACACCAUCCUUUUCCCUGAUAUCGGCCUUGUACCCACAAUUCCAUGGAGCCCCAACAGGCAAUGGGACGAGCAGCUGGAUCCCCGUCUGAAUGCCAAGCAGAAGGAGGCCAUCCUGGCCAUCACCACACCCCUCACCAUCCCCCUGCCCCCCAUCCUCAUCAUUGGACCCUACGGCACUGGAAAGACCUUCACCCUGGCCCAGGCUGUCAAGCACAUCCUCCGCCAGGAUACCAGCAGGGUCCUCAUCUGCACCCACUCCAACAGUGCAGCUGACCUCUACAUUAAGGACUACCUCCAUCCUUAUGUAGAAGCAGGCAAUCCGCAUGCCAGACCUCUCAGGGUAUACUUCAGGAACCGCUGGGUCAAGACGGUUCACCCAGUGGUCCAGCAGUACUGUCUCAUCUCCAACACACACAUCAAUUUCUCGAUGCCCACAAGGGAGGACAUCCUCAGGCACCGCGUGGUGGUGGUCACCCUCAGCACCUCCCAAUACCUCUGCCAGCUGGACUUGGAACCCGGGUUGUUCUCUCAUAU